AUGCCGGCAAAGACUACAAAAUCUGUUCGUCGCCAAGAAGAGCGCCGAAAGGCAGCUCGAGAUGCAGGCAUAGUCGAGGCCAAUGUCACCAGGUGCCUGGAGAAUGCCGAGCCAAGCUCAGACUUCAGAGCCAAAGGUAGGCACCUUUUGAAACAAGCUAAAAGGUUCAAAAGCCUAGGCCCCAAACAACCUGCUUCUCAAAUCCUUGUGAAAGCGGUUGACAGCAGCGCCGCCCUACAAGCCGUCAAGACGAGCCAAGCGGGCAAAGGAUUCGAAUCCGAAUCUGGCAAUGCACCUUCCCUCGCCCUAAGAUCUCUCAAUGCGACAGAAAGUCAGCACAUAAGAGACGAUCAGCCCUCCCAAGAAAUGAUACGAGAGUGGCAGCAAGACACGGAGACAAGAAUUGAGAAAAUUCGAAACUCUGAGGCAUCCGGUAUAUUCAAUGCCGAGCAAGCUAAAGCGCAUAUGUCAGCCAUCAAAUAUUCUUUGAAGAAACUGGUUGAACGUGGCCAAACAUGA